UUGAUAUAAUCUUAUCGUAAUGAAGAGUAGACCAGUAGUUAAAUGUGUAUAUAAACGUCUGGCAGUCUACAGUGAUGAUAUACUUAGUUGAAUCCGUUCACUCAAGCAACAUGAUGAAAUUCGCCGCUGUCUUGGCUGUUCUGGCCUUCGCCAGUCCCCUUAAUGCCUAUGUAGUCCCACGCACCGGAAACGGUGCUCUGGCCGCUGAGCUCCAGGACUUCGCCAACAUUAUUCCUUUUGACGAUAUAGUCGCACUCCUUCACGAAUACAUCAACCAAGACUCAGAAAUGCAAGCAUGGAUGAACUAUUUGCAAACAAACGAAUUCAGGAACCUCGUAUCUGAUCUUGAAAGCAUCCCUGAAUUCCGGGACCUCCUCAACUACGAGCAAAAUGCCGGUCUCGAUGCGUACUACCUGGCGAACAAAGUCAAUGAUUUCCUGCAUCUGUCAAAACUCGUCCCACCAAACCGCGCUAUGAGGGCCGUCACCGGUGGAAUCCGCGGUUUCCUCGAUCAAGUUGAAGCAAUGCUGCCUAUGGAACAGAUCCGAGCUUUGUUCAGGCAAAAGCUGGCUAACUCCAAUGUGUUCGCCGACUUCAUACAUUUCUUGGGAUCCCCCACCUCUCAAAGACUCGUCGACACUGUGUGCGCCAAUCCUACCUUCAAUAACGUCUUACUGAAGCUUCAGGGCUACGGUGUCAACCUUAAGAAGGGCAGAGAUUUCAUGGAAAACCAAUUGGGUCUCCAUGUCUCCUGUUCCGUUUGUGCACGUAUAAUGAAAUCUUAUCAUUCUCUCAGGUAUCUCGAUAUCUGUAUUUAUUUAUUUGAAUACGUUCCAGUAUAUAUAAAGAAGCCUAGCCGACAGAAAAUUCAUGAGGUACUACAGUCUUUCCACGAAGCUACGAUGAAGGUCCCAGUGGUAUUGUUCACGGCGAUAUUUGCGUUCGCAACUGUGAACUCUCAUUAUCUCCCAGAUUUCGGCAAGGGACCGCUCCAUGAAGAUAUACAAUACUUCCUGGACUUGAUCCCGAUGGACAAGGUUGCUUCUGUUAUCCUGGAAUAUGCCGCUGAAGAUUCCGAAUUCCAAGAGCUACUUCAAUACUUCAGCACAUCACAGUUCAAGACAAUGAUCUUGGAAAUCGAGACUCUUUACGAGUUCCAUAAGUUCGCUGACUAUUUAGAAAGAAACGGUGUCUACAUUUACGCCGAGCUGAAUAAAUUAAACAAAAUAAUUGGCAUUCCACCGUUCCAGCAGUUUAGCAAAACAAAAAUCACAGGUGGAGUGAAAGGUUUGUUCGAAGACGUGAAGCAACUCAUCUCUUAUGACUUGAUCAUCCGUGGUUACGUGUACAAGAUGAGAACAUCCGACGCUUGGCGCGAUUUCGUAGCCCAACUGAAGUCACAGGAUAACCAGAAAUUUGUGGAUGCUCUAUACGAAAACAGAAAUUACCUCAGCUUCCGUGCAAUGCUGGUGAAGAAAGGAAUUGACAUAGUUUUAAUCGAAGACAUCAUCUACACCGUUCUUGGUAUUGAAUUCCCAAUCUUCGAAAUGCCUAAAUCGGAAACCUUCGCCUCUGAUGAACUCUCCAAAGACAUUCAUGACUUCCUGAACCUGGUUGACGAGAAUAAAAUAAUGAACAUCGUUAUGUCCUACCUGGAAGACGACGAAGUGCAGAGGGCAAUCGAAUACAUGUACAGCGAAGCAUUCCACGAUUUGGUCCGCAAGGUCGAAGCUAUGCCAGAAUAUCAGAAUUUGGUGAAGUACAUGGAAGAUUCUGGCUUGGAUAUGACCAAAGUGAUCAGCAAAAUCCACAAAUUGUUCGGUAUGGAAGACUACGUACCACCCAUGGAAUUGUCAUCGAUGAAUACAUUGUCAAACCUUGGUGGAUUGAAAGCUCUGUUCAACGCUGUAGAGAAUGCUCUCCCUUUGGACAAAUUCACGGCCAUGUACAAUGAAAAGAUGCACACCUCCCCUGCUUUCCAGAACUUCAUGCAAAGACUGCACUCCGACGAAUUCCAGAGAAUCGUCAACACAGUUUACCAAUCACCAAUCUUCCUGGAAAUGAGACAGAAGGUCAUCAACGACGGAGUGGACCUUGUCCCUAUCAGGGAUUUCAUCGAAAAGGUGCUUGGCAUUCAUCUUCCCAGAGUCAACUUCCGUGCCAUGUUGCGAGCGGAAACCUUCGCCUCUGACGAACUGUCCAAAGACAUUCAUGACUUCCUGAACCUGGUCGACGAGAACAAAAUAAUGAACAUCGUUAUGUCCUACCUCGAAGACGACGAAGUGCAGAGGGCAAUCGAAUAUAUGUACAGUGAAGCUUUCCACGCUUUGGUCCGCAAGGUCGAAGCUAUGCCAGAAUAUCAGAAUUUGGUGAAGUACAUGGAAGACUCUGGCUUGGACAUGACAAAGGUGAUCAGCAAAAUCCAUAAAUUAUUCGGUAUGGAAGACUACGUCCCACCCAUGGAAUUCUCAUCGAUGAAUACAUUGUCAAACCUUGGAGGAUUGAAAGCUCUGUUCAACGCUGUAGAGAAUGCUCUCCCUUUGGACAAAUUCACGGCCAUGUACAAUGAAAAAAUGCAUACCUCCCCUGCUUUCCAGAACUUCAUGCAAAGACUGCACUCCGACGAAUUCCAGAGAAUCGUCAACACAGUUUACCAAUCACCAAUCUUCCUGGAAAUGAGACAGAAGGUCAUCAACGACGGAGUAGACCUUGUCCCUAUCAGGGAUUUCAUCGAAAAGGUGCUUGGUAUUCAUCUUCCCAGAGUCAACUUCUUGGUAUUUCAACUUCUAAAAGGAAUCUUUCACAUGAAAUUCGCUAUCACAGUUUUGACCAUCCUGGUCGCAGCCAGCCAUCUCAACGCUUACCAAUUGCCAAGCAUUGGCACAGGUGCCCUGGCCAAGGAAUUGCAGGAUUUCGUGAACUUGGUGCCCAUCGAUAAAUUACUGGAGCUCACACAAGUAUAUCAGGCCAGAGACAAGGAAUUCCAAUGGAUUAUGACUUUCUUGCAAUCCGAUGAUAUGAAGGCCUUCGUCGACGACGUGGAAGCUUUACCCGAAUUCGAAACCCUCAUGAACUAUUUGCUAAACCAAGGUCUUGACAGUUACACUUUACUGCAGGACAUAAAAAAAUCCUUGGCAGCGAGAGUCGAAAAAACUAAAGUGAAUUCUAAUCUUAGAAUUACCGGAGGAAUCGCAGGUUAUGUAAAAGAUGUUUCAGAGGUAGCAUCUGUGUACGACUUGUCGAAUCUCUUCGAAUACAAGGUUGUGACUUCUAAGGUUUUCAAAAAUUUCUUGCACGAAAUUCUAUCUCUUCAGUACGAGAACCUUUUCACAAGUACCUUCACGAAUCCUCAUUUCCAAAGAAUACUAGCACAGCUUGACUACCUCUAUAUCGACAGCAAUACGUUCCACACGAAUUUGCCCACAUUUCUUAUAGCUAAAGCGUUGAUCUAUAAAUAUCUUUAAGUAUUACAGAUAAGUUUGUA